AUCAACGACAACGACAACGGAAAGGACACUCCCGAAUCAACGACAACGACAACGGAAAAGACUCCCGAAUCAACGACAACGACAACGGAAAAGACUCCCGAAUCAACGACAACGGAAAAGACACCCGAAUCAACGACAACGGACAAAACAUCCGAAUCGACACCAACGACAACGGACAAAACAUCCGAAUCAACGACAACGGAAAAGACACCCGAAUCAACGACAACGGACAAAACAUCCGAAUCGACACCAACGACAACGGACAAAACAUCCGAAUCGACACCAACGACAACGGACAAGACAUCCGAAUCGACACCAACGACAACGGACAAGACAUCCGAAUCGACACCAACGACAACGGACAAAACAUCCGAAUCGACACCAACGACAACGGACAAAACAUCCGAAUCGACACCAACGACAACGGACAAAACAUCCGAAUCGACACCAACGACAACGGACAAGACAUCCGAAUCAACGCCAACCACAACUGACAAUACAUCCGAAUCGACACCAACGACAACGACACCAAAACCGAACGGAUCAAAAUCGAUUCAAACAUCAUCAUUAUCAACCUUGAUGAUAACCACCAUAUUCAUUAUAAUGGUCAAUGUAUUGAUGAGCUAAUAAAAAAAAAAAAAAUACUAAAUAUUUUCAUCAUAUCAUAUUAAAACAAUAAAUAAAUGAAAUUUUUUUUA